GCCGUGCACCCGCAGCCCCGCAUCCUCCAUCCACAGCACAAGAUGGAGGGAUAACCGCGGGAUGCGAAGGGAGCAGCGAGCGGCGGAGCAGGACUGCGAGGCCGGGGGAGCGCGGAACGAACAGGCGCCUUCGGGCUUCUUGUUCUUCUCGCCUUAUUUCUAACGGAGGUGCGCGGGAGCGGCGAUGGGCAACGAAGCGAGUCUGGAGGGCGAGGGCGGGGACGGGGGUCUCUCCGGGCUGCCCGACGGCCAGGGGGGGUUCAUCCACAUCCCCGGCGGGAUGGAGGCGGACCUGAGCAAGCUGAGCGCCGAGGAGAGGAGGCAGAUCGCCGCCGUGAUGUCCAGGGCGCAGCCGGGGGAGGACGCUCCGGCUCCCAGGCAGAAAUCGGAGGUAGAUGCAAAACAUCAGCCAUCACAAGCAGGAAAACCUCCUACACAGGGGCCUUCUGGGAUCAGCAAGAGCCGCACAGUCGAUGCCUUCAAAACAGGGUCCCCAGGCCGUCAGGUCCCACCAGGGAGGAGUCCCUCUUCCAUCAGCCUUUUAGAGUCUCGUUCCCGGCAGGAGGUGCAAGAGGAGCCCCGCUCAACCAUGUUCUCCUCCGGUUUCCUGAGCGGGGCCAACCCCCUCAGUGCUGUGUCCUCUGCCGUGAAUAAGUUCAACCUUUUUGGGGAUGAUGAAGAUGACGAGGCCAAAAAGCAAAAGCAAGCUCAGCAGCAGGCUGCCAAAUCCCCAGGACACCAACUGGGGCCCAGCAAAACUCCCCAGCAGCAAGGGCCCCGGCCCCCACAGCAGCAGGGAACACCUAAACAGGGACAAGGAACCCCUCAGAAGGGGCCCAGUAAUCCUGGACCCCAAAAAUCAGGAUCUCCGGGACCACAACAGCAAGGACCAAAGCCAACUGAAAAGCCACAACAAGGCGCUGCCAAAGGCGGGCAGCAGACGCAAGGCCCUCUGAAAGGUGGACCACAGAGACAGGAGCCUUCAGGCACUCAACCACAAGGACCCUUAAAACCUGGCAGACCAAUACAGCAAGGCCCUCCCAAAGGUGCACAACCAGAACAGCAAGCAUCUGGCCAGGUGGGACCUGCCAAGUCCGGCCCAUCGCCCCAGGAAUCGGUUUCCGAGGCUGGGCCUGCUAAGCAGAAACCGCUGUGUCCGCUCUGUAAGACCACUGAACUCAACAUCAACACCAAGGACCCUGCCAACUACAGCACCUGUACCGAGUGCAAGAGCGUCGUGUGCAGCUUAUGUGGUUUUAGCCCCCCUGACUCCACGGUGAAGGAGUGGCUUUGCCUGAAUUGCCAGAUGCAGCGAGCACUAGGAGGGAUGGAGCCUCCUGGACCGGCAAUGAUUAAACCCCAGCCCAAGCAGACCCCCACCACGCCCUCUCCUCAGAAAAAACAGACCCCCCCAGCAGCACAGCCCUCCAAGGCUGAGACCGCCAAACCCUCAGAAGCCAAGAAGCCGUUGCUGCUGGUGAAGCAGCAGUCAACUGCAGAUUCAGGCAAGUCAGCAACCCCACCAGCGACCCCACCAGCUGCAAAGAAAGCCCCUGCAAAGGGGCCUGAGGAGGGUAAGCCAGGAGUGCAGCCUAUGGCCCAGAAACCGCCACUAAGUCAGAAGCCAGGGGAACAGCCGAGACCACCUGGGGCAAAGCAGGCUGCGGCGGGUCCACAGAACGCAGAAACUCCUACGCAGAAAAAACCCACAGGUCCAGCUGAAGAACCAUCCAAACCAGCUCAGCAGCCAACACAGCAGAAACCCCCCAAGCAACAGCCUGCGGCAAAACCUCAGCAGGUGCUGCAGCCUUCAGCCCAGCAGCAGGCUCCUGUGAGCCCUGUAAAAGAUCCAAAAACUGGCCCACCAAUGCAGGACACAGGGACCCUCCAAACUCAGGCAGCAAAGCCUGGCCCAGGCCCCUCCCCUUCCAAAGCCACACAGCUUACAAAGGCCCCGCCAACACCACAGCCCCCCAAGCAAGAGUCUGGUUUCUUCGGCCUGAGCUUUGGUGGCUUCACCGACGCAGCCAAGUCGCAGUCCAGCACGCCACAUCCGGUGGAGUCAGUUUCUGGGAAGUUGUUUGGGUUUGGUGGAUUCACCGAGUCACCCAAGCCUCAAGCCACCAGUCCCCAGCCCACUGAAUCUGUCUCGGGAAAAAUGUUUGGCUUUGGCUCUUCCAUCUUCAGUUCUGCCUCCAGCCUCCUCUCCUCUGCCGUUCAGGAUGAAAUCCCGGCACAGAAGCCAGCAGAACAGGCAGUGCCAGCAGCACCAGUGGCCCCCAAGGAGCCGGCAUCAGCCCUGCCUUCCACCAAGGCUCCUGCUGUCAUGGAGACUAAGUCUGUGGAUACACCGAAGCUCGAAAAGAACCAACCAGUCAGAAAGGCUUCACUUACCCAAGAGAAAAAGACAGCCCCUCUGAAGGAAGAAAAACCUCAGGCGGAGCUACCGAAAGAAGCUGCUGCAUCCCCGAAAACCUCUGCCCCGCUCACCAAAGCCUCAGCCACACCCCCAACACCAUCACCCGUACCUCCCAAAACCUCAGUUCCACCCACAAGCACAUCAGCUCCACCCCCCAAAGUCUCAACUCCACCCACCAAAGCCUCCUCAGCCUCCUGCCCGCUCUGCAAAGUGGAUCUGAACGUGGGCUCCAAGGACCCCCCCAACUACAACACCUGCACCGAGUGCAAGAACAUGGUCUGCAACCUCUGUGGAUUUAAUCCCAUGCCUCAUCUCACUGAGAAUGAAUGGCUUUGCUUGAACUGCCAAACACAACGGGCACUAUCUGGGCAGCUUGGAGACAUGGCUAGCAUGCUGCCACAAGCACCGGUGCCAACAAAACCGUCAAGCCAGCAGCCCAUGGGUCCCAAAGGACAGCCCACCCCUGUGAGUCAGCCAGCAACACAGCCGAAGGCACCAGAACCUACUCCGCUCAAACCAACUCCCAUUCAACAGAAGACCGAGCUGUCCAAGACUGCACCCCUUGCUGAUUCUUCUCCUGUUGCGCCUUCUAUUAAGGCCAGUCUGGAACCUUCUGAUAAACCUGGGGAUGUAGCACAAACGGUGGAAAAGAGAGAAGAGGUAAAGAGAGCUGAUAUCAGGACAAAGCAAGAGGACAAACAUAUAGCUGUAAAAGCUAACAAGGAAAAAGACGAUAAAUGUGAAACUCCUUCUCAACAAAAGAGUCCUCAAGGCCUAAGUGACACAGGGUACUCCUCUGAGGGACUCUCUGGAUCUCUUGGUGACGUUGUUGUUUCAACUGUCCAGAAAGAGCUGUUGAAGGACCCUGUCCAAAAAGAAGCCAUUGUCCAGGAGACCAGUCCAACGAGCCCCUCAGAUCUAGCCAAAUUAGAAAGUACAGUACUGUCAAUAUUGGAGGCUAAAACAAGUUCAGCUGACAAAGAUCCUAGCCACCUGUGUGAUCAGGAGGGUAACCAACAUAGAAGGAAAUUAUUGCCAAUCUCACCUGAAUCCUUCAGCUCUGAGGAGGAAGAUCUGGAUGACUUCCAGGAGGAUGAAUCUCCUACAAAGGACAUACCCAGUGAUGCAGCCUCCAGGAGGGAUCGCAGAAAGUUACAAGAAAAGAAAGAUGCAGUCUUGGCAAGGAGGCAACGUCAGGAUUCAAUGGAAGACAGCAGCGGAAGUGAACCAUCACCUCUCCUGCAGAGAAGGAAAAUUAGCACUACAUCAUCCAGCAGUGAAGAAUACAAGCCAGACAGCCCAGGCUCUGGAGAUGAUGAAGAGUUCAUCCGCAAACAGAUCAUGGAGAUGAGUGCCGAUGAGGAUGCAUCGGGCUCCGACGAGGACAAUUAUGUAAGGAGGCAGGUCAGAGAGCAGGAACAUAAAAGGGAGCAAGAUGAACGGAAAGGCAAAGGGAAGAUUGUUUCAGGAAAAUCAAAGCGACCAAUGAAAAAAGCCAUUUCAAGCCAAGAGGAGGAUCUUGGGAGAAGGCCUUCCCAGCAGGGAAAAAAAGAGCAAGAACAGAUGAAGAUUCCGGAGCCCAAAUCAAAGGACACCAAGAGUCAAGAGGAGGAGGAACUCUCAGCUGUAGGAGGCCUCAGACGUUUCAAAACCAUAGAACUUAACAAUACCACUGCUACACCAUAUGAAGAAGCAACACCAGCACAGAAAAGUACAGAAGGGGACCUAGACAUGGAGAGCCUUACUGAUUCUCCUGAGGACAGGUCAAGAGGUGAGGGGUCAUCCAGUCUUCACGCAUCAAGUUUCACACCAGGAACAUCACCAACUUCUGUGUCAUCUCUAGAUGAGGACAGUGACAGUAGUCCAAGCCAUAAGAGAAUGAGUGGGGAGGGAAAACACAGGAAAGCAAGGCACCGACAGCACGGUCAAGUGCUUCCAACUAUUGAGGACUCCUCAGAAGAAGACGAAAUGCGAGAAGAGGAGGAGCUUCUUAAAGAACAAGAAAAGCAGAAAGAGGUGGAUCAACAACAGCAGGUGAAGAAGAGCUCUAGCAAGAAGUCUAAGAAAGACAAAGAGGAAUUGCGGGCACAGAGGAGACGCGAACAUCCGAAAACACCCCCAAGCAAUCUUUCACCUAUUGAGGAUGCUUCUCCGACGGAGGAGCUACGGCAAGCAGCUGAAAUGGAAGAACUCCAUAAAUCUUCUUGCUCUGAAUAUUCUCCAAGUAUAGAAUCAGAACCAGAAGGCUUCCAGAUUAAUCCAGAGAAAAUCUUAGCUGUUCAGAAAGUGUACCAACUACCAACAUCGGUGUCUCUCUAUUCUCCUACUGAAGAGCAAAAUACAGAUACAACUAAAUGUAUCACAGAAAAGUCAUUAAAAACUGCAGAUGAGGCUUAUGAAGAGAUUAUGCAAAAGGCAAAAUCUCUUCAAGGUAAAAAAGUGCCUGAAGCACCACCGGAAAAAGAACCACUUUAUGGUGGUAUGCUAAUUGAAGACUACAUAUAUGAGUCAUUAGUUGAAGAAGCCUAUGAUGAAACCAUGGCAAAGGACAAUGCAGUACAGCAAGAAGAAGCACAUACAAUUUCUGUGCAAAAACCUGUGAAGAAAUUAAGAUCGCCAGAUGAAGUUUAUGAAGAUAUGAUGCAGAAAAAGAAAGAUUUGAUUCUGAAAGAAAAGGAACUUCGAAAAAAACUGCCAGUCAAAGAAACUUCUCAGAUAGAGACAGUUUUACACCAUGCUGCCCCUGAGAUUCGAUAUGUAACUGUUUCAACUUGUGACUCAUCCACAAAGGAUGACAAACCACUGCUAGAUGCAGAAGCUGCUUAUGAAGAACUGAUGAAGAGGCAAAGAGUUAAUCUGACACCUGGAACCAGCCCGACUCAGCCUGCACCUGACAUUCAUACGUCACCUGAGGUAAUUGUGAUUUCCUCUGGAGAUGGUUUUGAAGAUCCAAAAGGACAACCUAUAGCAUUAAUCUCAGUUUAUGAUCAAGAGCUUAGCAGAGUGGCAACCACUGUUUCAUCAGAUGCAACUCUGACCAGGGCACUCUAUCCCAUACCUGACCUGAAAAUAACGCAGUGUUCUUCUGGGGAGGAAGACAUUGAAGACGAGGACAAAACAGCUGAAAGGCAGGAAGCUGCUGCUUCGUCAGGCAUUCGUCAAAAUGGAGAUGAUCAAAGUUUAAUUAAGGAGCAACAACCAGCCACAAGUAUACCAACAGUUCCUUCAUCUUCAGAUAUUACAGCAACUAAACAAUCAAUUAAAACCACUGGUGACUUCCAGCAGCCAAAAGCAGCAGCAUCAGUUGUAGCUUCACAAAUGCCAGUUGUAGCUUCGCAUCCAGUUCCGGCUGCAGCGCCAGUUUCAGCUUCAGCUCCUCCAUUAGCUGCAACUGAAGCUCCAAGUUCAACUCCACGUCUGCCACCAGCUGCAACUUCAGCUACAGCUCCACCUCAAGCUCAUAUUCCAGCUCAUGCUGUGGUUCAAACUCAAGCUGCACAUCCACCUUCCAUUCCAGCCCCUGCCCCCACUCCUACUCCUGCUUCAGCUUCUGCUCCAGCUCCUGUGGCUCCUUCACCACCACCCCCACCUCCUCCGCCUCCCCCACCACCACCGUUGCCUCCAUCUGUUAGACUGGCCCAGGCUACGAUAACACCGUCAUCUAAGAAUCUUCCCAAUGGUGCUCCACCAGGCACUUACACUUUUGCCAUUACAUCAGCUCCCUCACAGCUCAUAGAGCCUGCAAUGGACGUACAGAACAGGGUCGGUGAAGCCACCUGGUCAGUGACUUCAGUUCCAGUCUUGACUCAUCUACCAGAGGCCAUUUCAAGCACUGUCUCUUCUGCAUAUCCUGUUUCUCCAGCUGUGCCUCCCAUUAUGAAACCUAUAGAGGAACACGUAGUAAUUUCAGUUCCAAGCAUGGAUAACCUUUCUGCAAUUGCCGAAACAUCCCAAGGGGACAGCACUGUGGCCAGCACUUCUGAUGCUCCUGCUCCCUAUUUGUUCUCCAGGACUGCACCACCUACAGCUGUCAGUUUUUCACCCUUACCUACAGUGCCUCAAUAUACUCCUACUGUACCAAGUGUGAUGUCAAUGCCUGUCACUGCUACCAUUUUGGCAGCUGCACCAACAGCAACUGCCCCACCUGUGCCCCCAAAACCUGCUGCUUUGCUCAGAGGUUCUUCCCUGGAGAGGACUGACACAUUUGUCUCUGCAGUCACCCCUCCCCCUCCUCCUCCACCCCCACCAUUACCUCCUCCCAUCAUGCCUAAACCAGCUGUCUAUCCAAAAAAGAAACUUCCCAUCAGCAUGCCACCAGUAGUUCCUGCAUCAGUGCCAGUUUCAACUGCAAUAACAAUGGCUUAUGCAACAAUAACAACCACAGGUCCAAGUGCAGCAGUGAAGAUCUCUGUGGCGCCAACAUACCGGCCACACGUGCCUCCACCUGUACCACCAAAGCCAUCAAGCAUACCAGCUGGUUUAAUGUUCACCCACAAGCCAGGGGAAAGUGCUAAACCUCCCCUUGCUCCAAAACCUGUAGUUACCCAACCAGCUUUAAGUAGUCAAAGUAUAGUAAUGACACAAAGCAAACCCACGGCUCCUCCGAGCACCACUACCAUGACAUUAAAUCUAAGUGCCCCAGCUGAAGUAAAGCUGAGCAUAACGUCACCCAAAUCACCUUUGUCCCCCAGGUACACAAGUUCCUUGCAUGAAACAUAUGUAGUCAUCACAUUACCAUCAGAACCUGGAACUCCUGUUGAGGGAAUUUCAACUCAAGCUCCUACUAGUCCUUCUUUACCAUCCCCAUCAAAACAACCAUUGCAAGUGGCACCCACUGCUCCAGUGGCCUUUACUCAAUAUACAAAAUCGAUAGAAAGUCAAGAAAUGAGGGUACCGGAAAAGCUUGUUUCAAGCACGACGAGUCACAUGUACUCUUCGGUGUCGGCGGCAUCAGUGCAGCCUGAUCUGACUUUGCCUAACCUUGUAGCUCAAGUUGUGACCACAGAAGUCCAAAAAACCACAGUGUCUGUGGUUGAAGAACGAUUACAAACAAUACCUCCAACGCCAGCCCCAAGAACAACCAGUGUUGCAGUUACUGUUUCCCCAGGAAUAGCUCAUCCACAAAUGAAGCCAAAAGAAAAUCAAAAUAUGUACUAUUCUGGGGAUGUUGUUGAUCUUCGUACUUUAAAGGUCAACGUUGAAAUGACUGACAGAGGGAUGGAUCUUUCUGUGCCAGAUGUCAAACGGACUGCUUACUCAAGUGAAAGCAAUGGGCGGCAGAUGAGUGCUGUUCACUCCGAAAUUGUGAAUCUAAGUGCAGAGGCUCCACCAGCUCCAACUUUGUCAGUUGUAACUAGUACUAUAACUAUCAUAACAUGUACAGCCACAAUAGCGUACAAUGACAAUGCUGCUGACAAACCUUUAGAUCUUGCUCAGUCUAUGACAGCCCCCCUGCAGCUGACAUCCAAGCAGUUUGAGCCUGUUGCUCAAAUAAUAUACAGACCCAUAGACUCACAACCCACGACGAGUGCCAUUGCAGAGGCCCCUAUUAAUCUGUCUUUUGGAGCUAUCACAAGCACAGACACUUCGAAACCGCCCGUGACAAUUGCCCCACCAAGUAUAACUAAUGGCAGCGCCGGAUUUCCGACGCACAUAGAGGCAGGGCCGGAAGGUGCGGUGGAUCUGACCACAUCUAAACCAGUUCAAACUAUGGUAGCUGUAAAUGGGGUGACAUCAGGGGUUGUCACCACCAUUGUCGAAGAAGACGGCAAGCCUAUGGAUCUUACAGCUGGAAGGCGAGCCGUUUGCUGUGAUGUUGUGUACAAACUCCCUUUUGCAGGAAGCUGCACAAGACCACAGGCAGCAACCACGCUGCCUGAAGACAGAUUCGGCUACAGGGACGACCAUUAUCAGUACGAUCGUUCUGGAAGCUAUAGCAUGAGAAGUUUCGGUGGUAUGAAAUCAUCCAUGUCUGAUACUAAUUUGGCAGAGGCUGGAUUGUUUUUCUAUAAAAGCAAAAAUAGUUACGAUUAUAAUGGAGCAACUGAGGGUGCUGUAGACUUGACAUCUGGAAAAAUAUCCACAGGUGAAAUAAUGGACUACUCGACUAAAGGAACAGGAGCAUACUCUGGGAUGACCAUUCCCCCAUUUUGUCAAGCAAGAGUAGCUUCUCCUGCUGGAACUCACUUUGGUGUCACUAGUGUCUUGAGGUCAUCAAAUGGUGUUGUGUACUCUUCUGUGGCAGCACCAGUUCCAUCUACAUAUGCUAUUACUACCCAACCGGGAUCAAUAUUUAGCACAAUGUAUAAAGACACAUCAGGUAUGCACUCCAGUGACACCAUGCCAUCUCUAUCAACGCUGCAAAGUCAGCCACUCCCAAGGUCAUACAGUUUCUUAUCGACCACAGUUACUGCACAAGAGGAACCCAUCUGCCUAGAAACAGGUGUUACAAAGAGUGGCCUGCAUGUGACUUUCCCUGAAGUUGUUCCCACAGUUACCACUAUUCAAGACUCCUACACGGAUGCAUCGCUUGAGGCCAUAGCAGCAUCUCUAGAAGCCUUGUCCUCUCCGAUCGUUCCAGAUGAUACUCGACAGCAGUAUCAGAUGGAGCGUGAGUAUCUUGAAAUGGAAAAGAUGAAGCAGCUGCGUCUUGCAGAGGAGCUUGAGUGGGAGCGACAAGAGAUCCAAAGGUUCCGUGAGCAGGAGCAGCUCUUAGUCCAAAAGGAGCUGGAGGAGUUACAGACGAUGAAACAGCAGAUCCUUUUCCAGCAGGAAGAAGAGCGUCAGGCCCAUCUGAUGAUGCAGCAGGAAACUUAUGCCCAGCAACAGCUGCAGCUCGAGCAAAUCCAGCAUCUCCAGCAGCAACUGCAGCAGCAGCUUGAGGAGCAGAAAAUGAGACAGAUGUACGGAUAUGACCCAUCUGAAAGUACCUCUCCACCAGUCAGUUCGGAACAGAUCCUGUUGGCUGGUGGGGAUAACAGCCAGUAUUGGCCAGUGCAGGAGGAAACUGCGACGUCUUCUGCAGUCACUAGCCUUGAACUGCAGCAGAACCCAACGUGGUACACAGUGCCCUCAGAAGGCGUCGCCCAAUACAUCCCAAGCCUACCAGGUUCUGAAGUCUCGCUUAAAGAGACUGAGGGUCCAGAGAAUCUGCAGCUCACCAACAUAUUGCCUAGAGGAGUCAGGCAGUUUGACCAACAAGCUAUAGAGGUGCCGGGCAAGAAGAUUGUUGACAGUGGUGUUCAGACAGAUGAUGAGGAUGAGAUGGAUAGAGCCUACGUAGGGAGGAGAAAGAGGAAUAAGAAAAGCGUCGACAGUAGUGUUCAGACAGAUGAUGAGGACCAAGAUGAAUGGGAUAUCCCCACAAGGAGUAGGCGCAGGUCACGUUCCAGCAAGUACACAGAUGACAAAAGCAAGCAAGGAUCCAAAGUAUCGAGCAUUGCCAUCCAAACCGUGUCUGAGAUUUCAGUUCAGACUGAUACGUUUGGAACAAUCAAGAAGCCAUCUGCCAGGGCUGAGAUGGAUACCAAGGUAGAAAUAGUAAAACACAUCUCUGCGCCAGAGAAAACAUACAGGGGAGGCAGUUUGAGCUGUCAGACAGGGACAGACACUGAUGCUAUGUCACCCACAAAAGACAAAAGGCGGCCGACUCCCCUCGAAAUAGGCUACAAUACUCACCUUAAAGCAGACUCCACACUACAGGUGGCCCCAUCCCCUCCCAAGUCCCCCAAAGUGUUAUAUUCUCCUAUCUCUCCGCUGUCUCCCAGCAAGUCGUUAGAAUUUGUUCAGUAUGACAAGUCCGUUGGAGAUGUCAGCCCGCAAAAAGUGGUAGGUACAGAACCAUCAAAACCCCCACCAAGUCCAAGAAGCCUGAAGGCCAUGCAACGCUCCAUGUCAGAUCCUAAGCCUCUAAGUCCGACAUCAGAAGAACGAGCAAGUUCCAGCUUCCAGUAUUCAGAUGGAUACUCUGGCAAGGCAUCACAGACUAGUACCCCAUCAGGCACUCAAAAGAAAGUGAAGCGCACACUUCCAAACCCUCCGCCAGAAGAAGAGAGCACAGCAGGUCAGACCGCUUACAGCACGGGCUCAGCCCGGAGACGGCUCUGCAGAAACACCACCAUGGCCCGGGCCAAGAUUCUCCAGGACAUUGACAGGGAGCUGGACCUUGUCGAGCGGGAGUCAUCUAAGCUCCGGAAGAAGCAGGCUGAGCUGGAUGAGGAGGAGAAGGAGAUUGAUGCCAAGCUGCGGUACCUGGAAAUGGGCAUCAACAGGAGGAAGGAUGCCUUACUCAAGGAGCGGGAAAAGAGGGAGAGGGCAUAUCUUCAGGGUGUGGCUGAGGAGCGUGACUACAUGUCGGACAGCGAGGUGAGCAACAUCCGAGAGUCGAGGGGAAAUGGGCACGGCCUGGAAAGGCCGAGGACAGCCCCACAGUCUGAGUUUAAUCAGUUCAUCCCACCACAGACUCAGCCUGAUGCUCAGUACACCCAGCAAACAAGUCCCUACACUCAAUACCAGUAUGCGCCCCAAACGCAGGCUGCCAGCCAGUAUGCUCAGCAGACUCCUUAUCAGCAGCAGUCUCUCUAUCAUCAGCAGGUCUCUCCUUACCAGACCCAAUCCAUCUAUUCCUCUGUGCCCACACUGUCCUAUCCCCAUGCCUCCCAUCAACAGUUGCAGCAGCAGAACUAUCAGCAUGCCUCUCAGAUGCUCCUGAUGCAGCAGAAACCCAGACAGACAACACUGUCAGACCUGGAGCCAAAGAUCACCACCAAUUAUGAGGUAAUUCGUAACCAGCCCCUUAUGAUGGUCCCCUCUUCCACGGAUAGUACGUAUGUUCCCCACCUCGGGGGCAAAUACAGCAGCCUGGACCUGAGGAUGGGAUUGGACGAGAGGAGCAGUAUGGCGAGCAGUCCCAUGUCUAGCAUAUCCGCAGACUCCUUCUAUGCAGACAUCGACCACCACACUCCCAGGAACUAUGUUCUGAUAGAUGACAUUGGUGAGCUCACUAAGGGCUCUGCUGGACUGUCUUCCACAUUCAGCAUUCCAGACAAGGACCUCACAAAGGCCGACCGGCUCCUCCGUGCUGCGGAGGUACGAAGGACUGCUGAGGUAACAGACUUCUUGGGGCCGCUACAGGUGUCCUCGAGGCUCCACCCCUACAGCAAGGCUGAAGAAGACACCAUGGAGGACCCAUACGAGCUGAAGCUCCUAAAGCAGCAGAUAAAGCAGGAGUUCCGUAGAGGCACUGAGGGAUUAGAGCACCUUACUGGCCUCCCUCACUACUACCCUGGUGACAGCAGCUACAGGCACUUUCCCAAAACGGAGAAGUAUAGCAUCAGCAGGCUCACACUGGAGAAACAAGCUGCCAAACAACUCCCCGCGUCUGUGCUCUACCAGAAGCAAGCCAAGCAUAAAAAGGCAUUAAUGGAUCCUAAAAUGGCUAAGUUCUCCCCUAUCCAGGAAGGCAGGGAUCUUGAACCAGACUACAGUAGCUAUCUGGCAUCCAGCGCCUCAUCAGUGAGUGGUCUUGCAUCAAGGGCUAGACUCCUUCAAGAUGAUAUUACUUUUGGUCUAAGAAAGAACAUCUCAGAGCAGCAGAAAUACCUUGGUUCCACCCUUGGGGCAAAUCUUGCACAAUCUUUGAAUUUAGGACAGACACUGAACCUUGGUCCCACCAUGAGGUCUUCGCUUCAGGAUGACACCACAUAUCCUAGCGGGAGCAGGUCCAGGCCAUCCUCUAGGCCAUCGUCUGUGUAUGGACUUGACCUUUCCCUCAAAAGAGAUCUGUCCAGUUCAUCGUUAAAACUGAAGACUGACAGUGAGCCAUUGGAUGUUUCGUACUCAUCCCCAUCAGUGAGGACCAAGCCAACCAGUCUGCCCAUAAGCCAAAGCAGGGGGCGCAUUCCUAUUGUAGCACAGAACUCUGAGGAGGAGAGUCCACUGAGUCCCGUCGGCCAACCGAUGGGAAUGGCCCGAGCUUCGGCUGGCCCCCUCCCACCGAUAUCUGCUGACUCAAGGGAUCAAUUUGGGUCAAGCCAUUCCCUCCCGGAAGUGCAGCAGCAUAUGAGAGAGGAGUCUCGUACCCGGGGCUACGACCGGGACAUAGCCUUCAUGAUGGACGACUUGCAAGGUGCCAUGUCCGACAGCGAAGCACUAAGUGACUCCCUGGUGACUUUGAACAGAGAUGAUCCAAGAAACUCUCAUGAAAAUAUCAAAAACGCGUACCAUCUGCGGCGGGAGGAGACGGACUGGUUCGACAAGCCCCGUGAGGCCCGGGUGGAGAAUGGGCAUGCGUCCGAGAGGCGACAAGGGACCCACAAACAUCAACAAGGAGACGUGAAACCUGUUCAGUACCCUUUUCCUCACACUAGGGUCAAACUGCAGAGGGACUCGAAAGACCACAGUGUGUCAGGGAAUGGGUUCGGUAUCAGAGUGGUCGGGGGCAAGGAGAUUCCCGGGACUAAUGGUGAAAUCGGUGCAUACAUUGCCAAAGUUUUACCCGGAGGUGCUGCAGAACAGACAGGCAAGGUUGCGGAGGGAAUUCAGGUACUGGAGUGGAACGGAAUUCUGCUGAUGGGCAAAACCUACGAAGAAGUCCAAGGACUUGUAGGCCAGCAGUGUUCGGAAGUGGAGAUAUGCAUCAGGCUGGACUUGAACAUGCUGUCUGAUUCAGAACAGCUCCAGCGUCUGGAGCUCCACGACUCGAUGAAGGCCGGGGACAGGCAGAGGUCCCCGGGCGUGGACCCCAAGCAGCUGGCCGCCGAGUUGCAAAAGGUUUCCCAGCAGCAGGGCCCUUCCGCAGGCCUAUCUGCAACAGAGAAAGGACCCCAUGGCCAUUCGGGCACCACGUCCGCCGCCUCGAGUGCCGUGCCCAGUCCGGGACAGCCGGGAUCCCCCUCCGUGAGCAAAAAGAGACACAGCAGCAAACCUGCAGAUGCAUCCAAGACUCCAUCCCAUCCAAUCACAGGUGAAAUACAGCUUCAAAUAAAUUACGACAAGCAUCUCGGUAAUCUAAUCGUCCACGUGCUGCAAGCGAGAAACCUGGCCCCAAGAGACAACAAUGGCUAUUCCGACCCUUUCGUCAAAGUUUACCUGCUGCCAGGGAGAGGCCAAGUGAUGGUUGUUCAGAACGCAAGUGCUGAGAACAAGAGGCGAACCAAGCAUGCGCAAAAAAGCCUGAAUCCAGAAUGGAACCAGACAGUCAUUUAUAAAAAUAUUCAUCUGGAACAGUUGAAGAAGAAGACCCUGGAGGUGACCGUCUGGGAUUAUGACAGAUCCUCAUCCAAUGACUUCCUUGGUGAAGUGCUGAUCGACCUGUCGAACACGGCGCAACUGGACAACACGCCCCGCUGGUUUCCCUUGAAGGAGCAGAGCGACACCAUUGAGCACGGGCGACCCCACUCGGGACAGGGCAGUAACCAGCAGUCUCCGAAGCCCUCGGUCAUCAAGAGCAGGAGCCAUGGCAUCUUCCCUGAUCCAUCCAAGGACAUGCAGGUGCCCACUAUUGAGAAAUCUCACAGUAGCCCUGGGAGUUCCAAGUCCUCCUCCGAGGGACACUUGCGCUCUCACGGACCGUCGCGCAGUCAGAGCAAAAGCAGUGUCACUCAGGCCCACCUGGAAGAUGCGGGCGUUGCCAUAGCGGCCGCCGAAGCAGCUGUCCAGCAGCUCCGCCUCCAACCAAUUGAUAAAAGUGGCCUGGCAAGUCGCGCCAAGAAGCAGUACAGGCACAGCGUAGCGGGAGUCCUCACUAUUCAAAGGACUCAGUCUGACUCUCUGCCCGCGCCAGCCGUUGAGAGCAAAGACACAAGUCAGCUGACCCUCAGGAAAUCGAGGUCUGAAGGAACGCCCAUGGCCGACGGAGCAAGGCCUGGGCACAGGGCACCGGACGUCGUCGUGACGACCACCGCAUCAAGCGGCGGCUUCAACCUAGAAGGCGAAGGUGGAGGCAAUGCCAUCGACAGCGCUAUCUUCCAGGUUCCCAGAAUAGGGAAGACCAUCCCCAACGGCACAGACAAGGCAAGAGGACCAGACUCGCUGGGGUUUGGAGACUCUGAAGGUAAAACCCAGGUGAUGGGGGAGAUCAAAAUUGCCCUGAAGAAGGAGAUGAAGACUGAGGGAGAGCAGCUCAUCGUGGAGAUCCUUCAGUGCAGGAACAUAACCUAUAAGUUUAAAUCUCCGGACCACCUGCCGGACCUAUAUGUGAAGCUGUAUGUGGUCAACGUGGCAACUCAGAAGAGAGUGAUUAAAAAGAAGACGAGGGUGUGUCGGCACGACCGCGAGCCGUCCUUCAACGAGACGUUCCGCUUCAACAUGAACCCUGCCGGACAUUCCAUCCAGCUCUUCCUGGUGUCCAAUGGCGGAAAGUUCAUGAAGAAGACCUUGAUCGGUGAGGCCUACAUCUGGCUGGACAAGGUGGACCUACGCAAACGGGUGGUCAACUGGCACAAACUUCUGGUCAGCUCCACCCAGACCCACCCGUAGGUGCUCGAGGGGGGGGUCACCUCAGGAGGCGACCGCCUCGCGUCUCGAACACGGGGAAGACCGGGGGGGCGGUGCUCGGGCAGCGAGGUAGGACUGAGUUUGGGUCCAAAGAAGUUUGCGGGAAGCGGCCGGUCCUGCGUGUGUGAUGAAGCGAAGAGGUUCUCCGGGACGCCUUCGAAGGGGGAAACGCGAACCGCGAGGUGGAACCCACGGGGGUCUCUGGAUGGAGCAGCCGGCCCCGCAUCACGGCAGGGAACCGCAUCUACCGGAGAAAACCGGGCCAGGAGACGUGGUGGAGACACUUCGAAGCCGGAAACUCAUUUACGUGAUACGGGCCUCCCCAGAUCUCCCAGCACCUAGAAAUCUGAAAUCCCGCUUAAUUUCGCCGGAUUCACCCGGUAUUACUUGAUUCCUACUUUCUGGCUGCUUGCAUUGCGAUAUUUUGACAAAAGAAAAAAAAAAAAAAGAAAGAUCCGAUGAGUUCCGUAAUUCGUCCCACAUGGGUGAGUUUUUAUUCGCUGCUGUCGAGCAAAGAAUACGUGUACAUAUUUAAUUUCUUGUUUAAUUGUGUUCAGUCGUUCAUAUGAUGCUGGAAGAUGUCAAAUUUAGAAUUCUGGUCAGGGAAAUUUUCUUCUGUUCCUGUUGAUAUAAAACACAAAUAUAUAGAACAUAUUCAUAACUGAGGGAGAGUCAGAAAGAAGGCGCUCGUUGAGAAGGAUAUCAUGAAACAUCCCUUCGCUGCGAAACCCCUCCCAUUCCCAUUCCACAUGUAUGUAUAUUUAGCUGUAGAUAAUCCAGAAAUAACAUGUAAGAGGAAAAAUGUACAAAGUAUAAGAUCGUAUUUAUUAGAGCAGAUUUAAAAGGAGAUUAUUUUGAACCUAAGCAAUUCUUCUGUGCUCAGACGCGCUAAGGUACCGGGGUCGACGUGGCCCGCGAGCAGGCGAACCCGGCACCCGUACCGACAUACACAUGGACCCCCCAUGAAGUUUACUUUGUACAUAGUAAACCUUUCGUUGCUUGAGAUACGACAAAUAUUCCCGUCGCAGACAAUCCACACGCACCCCCGAUACACAUUUCCGAUAAGUCCUCCGAAUGCAGAACAUUGAGCACAAAUGAGAGAGUAUGUAUAUUUAUUUAUUUUUUGCAGAGUUAGAUUAUUAACAGUCGCGUUCCUCGAGUCAUAAUAACAAAGUAAGCGAUUUUACUUUGCUAUAUAUUCUUGAUAUCGACGGAUCUCCUAACAUCCAGCGAGAGAAAUGUCACGACCUUUCGACACACGUCGCCGUACUUGUGAGCCCCGCCAGGUGAUUGCUUUGCACUACGUGAUGCCAUAGGAUGUACAGUAUAAAUGUUUGUAUUUUCUAUUUGUUAUUUUAAUUUAAAGGUGCUAGAGUCUGCCGUGUGUUCCUAUCGCCGACGAAUGCGGUCUAACUAAGACGGUUACCGAAGCAAAAAAAAAAAAAUCUGCCCUUUGCGAAUACACACAUUGCAGUGUGAGGCGGUCCCUCUCGUGCGGGGGCAAGAAGGAGAAUGUGCAUUAUGGUGUGUUUCCCUUUGUCCGAUCAGGUCAGGUCUCAAUCACAAUUUAUCGUCUUUUUUUUUAUUCUCUGUGGCCUGGGGCCCAAGGGGUCAAAGCGGACCGGCUGUCAGAGAACCCCCAAACGGGGCCCUGCUCCUCGGCCCCCCGGCAGGCAGAGAAAAGCUAAUUAGCUGCCGGUAAUUGGCACCUUCCGCGGUCUCACUCACGCACACGUAGGUACCACCCGCGGAGGGCGUCCGCAGUGUCUCGACCGCGUCGCGCCAACGCGACCGUCACGCGUGAGCCAACAUUUCCGAUCAGUGUCACGUCCGUAAAACGUUGUCUCGCGUGCACCGUGUUUUCGUGUCUUUAAAGUAAUAAUUUAAAAAAAAAAUCUAUUUAAAAAAAAAACAAAAAAAAAAAAAAAACAAAAAGGAAACAAAGGAGCUGUACAGUGUCGUAACGCUACAAUUCUGGUGUGGCCGUGUCCAGUCUGAAUUCUAGGUGUUCUCCAUCGUAACUAGAUGUUCCUUUACUGCCACGAGUCUCACGAGUCCGUCCACCUACGUGGAGAUGAAGAGAUCGGUGCGAUGUUUCAUUUAAACGGAGCGUUUUCUUCACCCCUGAUGGCCUGUAGCAUGUAGUCACAGUACAAGCCAUGGAUACUGCCCCCUACUGGGGGACUGCAGUACUGUACUGAUGCACAUACACAAUUAAUGAUCAUAUCAUUUUUUUUUUUUUUUUUUUACAACUACCAUAUCAACAUCUUCUCUGAAGCAGCGUUAAUUUCGUUAUACAGGAUUUGUGUACCCUGUCAUGCGUGAACCCAACCACAACAGAAAAGGGGGGAAAAAAAAUCAUGUGACUCUGCACUACUGAGUUAUUAGUAUUACCACACAUGCCACAUAGUCCAAAUGUCAGUUUUGCCCCAAAAAAGUGUUCCAAGGUUGGUUUUAUGCUAAAACACACGUUUAACAUGUGCCAGCCAUGGUUUAAUAACCAAAUCCAUAGGUUCAGUUGAAGUGAUUCUAUGCAACAUAGACUUUGUGCUUUGAAUGCAUUUUCUUAACAUCUGAAAGACGAGCGAACAUUUUGUCUGAAGAUAACAAGUCUUUUAAAGAGAAUUUUACUUUCCAUUUGUAUAAUGUUGUGAAAAAAAAAUAAGAAUAUCAAUAUUUUUCAUUUUUUUAAAUCAAACAGUCUUGGGUCCAAUUAUUUACAUGUGCAGUUUGAAUUAACGUUCCUCUCGGUUUUUGUCGUUGCCUUCCUUGUGCUCUUGUUUGUUAUAUGCAACAUUGUACUUGCACAAAUGCAGCAGUGUUUUUUUUUUUUUUUUUUAAAUUUUAUUUUAUUUCAUUUUAUUUUAUUCUCACCGGAUCAGUUAGGAUGCCAUUAGAGCAGGAAUGAUCUGUGGUCAACAGCAGAGCCUACAGUGUGUGUUAAUUUAGGUUUGUCGUACGAAUACUCUGUACAUCGUAGAUGAUGAGUGAGCCCAUGGUUGCAUCUUCAGACUUCCCUCAUAUAAUUUUUUUUUUUUUUUUUUUUUUGAAAUUUUCAUCAACACAGACUGUUUUAUUUGUACCUUUUCACUAUAUGCCAAAUAUUUGAAAAAUAUUCUGCCUAACACAUGCAGUUUUACUUUAAAAGUUCAUUCAAAUGUGUUCUCUUAAUUUAAUUUGUUGUUAUUAUUACUAUUAUUAUUAUUAUUAUUAGUACAGCUCACACGGUAAGAUCAGAGGAGAGGAAUCAGCUGUGGGGGUGUCGACCGAGCUGAUCUGGUCUUUGGUUCCCUCUGUUACCCUGUUUUUUUUGCUGUUGACCAAGAGACAAAGGGGUCUCACCUUUUAUGAAGAAGUGAACUGUGAGAAUGUCCUUCCUUUCUUUGUAACCUUUGUAAAUACACAACUUUUUUUUUUCUUUUUUCUUUUUCUACAGGAGAUGAUCUACAUAUUAAUUUGGUCUGACAUUGAGCAUGUGAAUGUGGAGAAAAAAAAAUAGAAGUUAAACACGAUUCUCUUUGACUGUACGUGUAUAAUUGUGCAGUGACGUGAUCAGGUGAUCAUGUAAUUGGCUAAAUAGAGUGUGUGCUGUUUAUCCAUCGAAAACCUGCACAGCAGACCUGAAGUUUAAAAAAAAAAAAAAAAAAAAAAAUGAAGAAAAACAAACAAAUCUUAACAUGAGUAGCUUCAAGAGAAUUUAAAUGUUUUCACACUGGAUGUUGCAUGUUAUGUUGGUGGUUUGUUAAUAUUUUUGCUUCCAGAUUCUAUUUAAAAAAGAGAGAAGAUGUGUAUAAAUUUAUUUAAAGGCGUAUGCUGACUGUACAAAGACAUGCUUGUAAAACCUGUCUGGGUUUUCACUCUAUGUAAAAAUGGAAAAAAAAAAAAAAAAAAAA